AUGAAUAGGAAGAUCUCUGAGAAGUUCAUGGAUUUUUAUGAUGUUAGGGGGGGUAAUGGAUUCAUUGAUAGACUAUGCGAUGCAAGGGUCGAAGAAAAGUUUGGUUUCCGCGGACCUCGACUUGGAGGGUCUAGGCUAAAGAGCCUGAAGACCCCUAGAGGAACUUACAAAGUCCCUACCAGUUCAGUGCUGAUAUUUUUAGUGCGAAAGAGGCCCACCAUUGGUUUGGCUCGUCAUCUCGAUGCUCUCUGGACCCUCGCGGGACCGCGGCGGUUAUGGCUUACGCUUGCCAUCCCGGUUGCUUUGGUUCUUGCAUUUCUGGCAUACCCCGUCUCUAUAAGUUAUCCACAUGAUCAAGAUGAAGAAGGGCCAAGACUCUUCGUUAAGAAGCCGGCUAAUUGUUCGGAGCUGUGGAAGGCUUCUGGGGAAGGCGUUGAAACGCUUCGUGAGAGUUGGGAUGUGGUCAUAUCGGAAAGCGAUUGAGGAGCGAAUGUGGACGGUCUUGAAGAUCAGAUUUGAAUAUGGCAAUGGUCCUCUUGGGCCUCAAGACUGCUCUAACCAGG